AUAAAGGCUACAACUUUAUCUUUAACCAAUCCACAAUCACCAACUCGCUCUCCUCCAAUUUCUCUUCAUUCCUCCUCUUCUACAUCAAAUCUACCUCCUUCCCUUUUUUCCCUUCUACAAACAUCAACCCAAUUUCUUCCAUCAUUUCCUCACUUUUAUCUCCAUUUUUUGUGUUAAGAUUAGGAUAGACAAAGCAAGUCGGGGGAGGAAGAGGAUAAAAAACAAGAAAAUGGAGAGACUAAUUUGCUCAUCAACACCCCCAUCAUCUAAAUUAAUGCACCAUAAAUCCUAUUUCCCACAAAUCAGCCGUGUUGAAUCCCGGAAAAAUGGGGUUUUUCUUCCUCCAUUAACCGAGUCUUUUCGAUUCAAAUUUUCCCCCUUGAAACGCAGCCAAUUACAGUUGCGGGUUUCUUGUCUUUCCAACCCAGUUCUUGACCCGUCGAUCAAUUUUGACCCACUUAAUCCAAAUGGGUCUCCACUAGAUUCUUCAAAUAAUAAUUUUAAUUUACAAAAGGCAGUUGCUGCUGCAAAAAUUGUUUUACUUUGUGCUCUUACGAUGGUUAUAAUAAACCCAGUUCGCAAAUUACCAGCACUAGCAAGCUUGCAAACUGCGACUGCAACUGGAGGUGCCGUUGGGAGAGGCCUCCUUCGCACUGAAAUAUUGAGUAGUGCAUGGACCGGUUUCUUUGCUGGUUGCUUGCACACAUUAUCCGGUCCUGACCACUUGGCUGCUUUAGCUCCUUUAUCAAUUGGCCGUUCUAAAAUGGAAAGUGCGGUUGUUGGAGCCCUAUGGGGGUGUGGCCAUGAUGCCGGGCAAUUGAUUUUUGGCUUACUCUUUCUUCUCCUCAAAGAUCGCCUCCAUAUUGAAAUAAUCCGAACUUGGGGCACUCGAGUGGUAGGGUUAACUCUCCUUGUUAUUGGUGCUAUGGGUAUUAAGGAAGCUUCGGAAGUCCCUACCCCUUGUGUUACGUUAGAAAAUGGGGAGUGCGAUGUUAGUGUCUAUGAAUCAGUUGAAACCCCUCUUAUCGGCAAGAAAAAGAAGAUUGGAUUUGCAACCUUUGCCACGGGGAUAGUACAUGGGCUUCAACCAGAUGCCCUAAUGAUGGUUCUUCCUGCCCUGGCUCUGCCCUCAAGAUUGGCUGGUGCGGCAUUUUUAUGUAUGUUCUUGGUUGGGACUGUUGUGGCAAUGGGAGGCUAUACCGUAUUCAUUGGGUCUUGUAGCGAGGCAUUGAAAGAUAGAGUUCCUAGAAUAACCGAGAAGCUCACUUGGGCUGCUUCUUUGGUAGCUAUCGGCCUUGGAUUAGCUAUCAUCGUUAGUCAAUUUUUUGGGUUUAGUUUGUAUUAAUUAGUUUAUCAUAUUUUCAUGAAGAUUUUGGAUGGUAGAUUAUUUUUCUACAUUGAGUAUUAGAAAGGAUUUCGGAAUGAGCAAAUUGGUUUCCUGA